AUGCUCGAGGACAUCCACGUCGGUAGCCUGCACGUGGGCUUGGUGCGUCGGCCCAAGCGGCCGUCGCUUGCACACAUGACGUCGAUGCCAGGCCCGCCGCCGGACGCGCCGCCCGAGCUGCGGCAGACGCGGUCCGAGCCCGGCAGCGGCGGUCUCCCGCUGGAGAAGGUCCCGCUGCACAAGGACGUCGACAGGAUACAACAGGACGCGCCGCCGCACGUGGCCGUCAAGUACGGCGACACGAUCCGGCUGCGCACCAAGCUCCAAGGCACGACCGAGCUCGCGAGCGUGGGCACGUACGACCUCGCGGCGAGCUUCUUCCAGCUGCGCGGCAACCUCACGACGCACAAGUGCCACGACCUCGCGUGCAUCGCGCCGCUCUCGGAGCCAGGGUUCCACGAGUCGUACUUUCGCAUCGUGCCCGAGUGCUAUUACGGCCACCUCAAGGUCGGCAGUCCCGUCUCGUACGGCGACGUGGUUUGCCUCGUCGACGCCGCCGACCACAUCUGGAACAACAAGGUCGGGACCGCCUUCAACGGGUACUUUGGCCCGUGCUCGAAGGACACGAACCUCUCGGGCACCAUGUCGGUGGCUUUUCUCUUGCCGACGUCCGAGGACGAGAACGACACGGUGCCCAGCUUCCAGGAGCAUCGCAUCAUGUACUAUGGCGACACCAACGUCGCGAUCCAGGUCGUCGACUCGAACCGCCUCCGCCUCGGCUUCAAUCGGCUCGUGACCACGCACCGCAAGAAGAACGCGCCCAUGUCCUUUGGUGGCUUCUUGCGCUGCGAUGGCCGCGGUGCACUCCUCCGCCUCGAGAUCCACGGCGUGCCACCGCCCAAGAUCCGGACUGUCGACGUCGUCGACGGCAGUACGACGACACCGAUUGCCGCCGACAUUGACGACAUGCUCGCCGCCAGCAUGACCAUUGUCGGGCCGCCGUCGGCGACCGUCGAGAUUGUGUUUACGGACCAAGGCCGCGCCCACGUCUCGCUGCACGAACUCGAGCGCAGCAUGAACCAGCCCUUUUAUGCGGUGGUCGAGCACGGCCAGCGACCCGUGCGCCUCCAGCUUGUCGCUCUGCACAAAACCAUCGGCGUCUGUGCCCGGCAGCGAGGCAUCUCGCCGCUGACGGCCAUGGCCCUCGGCUACCUCUCGCUGGUUGGCCACGCGUAUCUCAAGGGCGCCAUCCUUGUCACCUCCUUCUACGGCGGGUGUGUCCUCGCCGCGCUGCCCCUCCUCGUCCUCAUCAAGGUCUGCUACCUCGAGCGGCUCUACGCGCCGCUGCUCGGCCCCAAGACGUCGCCGAUUUUGACGUUUGAGCUCUCGGUGCUCGCAUGGGAAGCAUCGCAGGCCGAGCGCCUCGCCAAGGCCUGUGACGAUGCGUCGUCGUCCUGUGACGCGGUGCCAAGGCGGUUCCUUGUGGCCGAAAACGGUGACGCGGCGAAAGCGGCAGCCCGGUACGCCGACACAUUGGCGUGGCGCGCCAAGAACGAUAUCGAGGCGCUGCUGAGCGCGCCGCAGCCGCUCUACCACACGAUUCGCCGGUUUUACAAGCAAGGCAUCCACAAGGUCGACAAGGUCGGGCACCCCGUGUUUAUCGAGAAGAUGGGGUCCAUCGAUAUGAAGGGGCUCCAAGCCGCGGGCGUGACGCUGCCAGACCUCUUCCGCCACUACCUCUUCAACAUGGAGUACAUCCUCCGAUUUGUGCUGCCGUCGCCGUGCCCGUGCGUGUCGUGCCGCGACAGCCACACGUGCAAGAUGCUCAUCGUGCUUGACGCGCGCGGUCUUGGCAUGCGCGAUUUGGCCGGUGAGGCGCUCGACUUUGUGAAAAGCUGCACGAGCGCGAUGCAGAAGCACUACCCGCAGCAGUCGUUCAAGAUCUUCCUCGUCAACGUCCCGUCCUGGUUUGGCAUGAUCUGGAAGUGCAUCAAACCGCUUCUGCACGAAGCCACGCGGGCCAAGACGUUCAUUUUAAGCGAAGCCGAGACGCCGUCGACGCUGCUUCAGUUCAUUGACGCCGACGCGCUUCCCGUCGAGUACGGCGGCAACUGUAGCUGCGACGGCGGCUGCCUCGAGCAGUCGGCGUUCCAUGCGCGCCAAAUCGCCUUUGUUGACGGCCAUGGUGUCGACCCCGACCACCACGUGGACCACGACGGUCUGCAGGACCUCGUCAUUGACGAGCUGUCGGACGAAGACAGCGAGUCGUCGGCGUCCUCGGCCGUCGCGGCUCUGCGCAAUGUCGUCAUGCAAGAGUACCUCCUCAUGCGUCUCGUCAAGCACAAGCCGUUUGUGAAUCCGAUCGGACUGCGUCGGCUCGUGUCCCUCACAGACCGCGAACUGUGCAUCCAAAAGUCACCGAAAGACGCCCCGGUCAAGUACCUCUUGACCAAGUCGACGGUCGUGCGGCCGUACCACAAGCCCAACUGCUUUGAGGUCGUCUUGGACACGAACCUCUCGAUGCUCCUCUUCACCGAGAACGCCCAAGCCCUCGACAGCUGGAUUCAGGCGGUCGCGCACGCCAUUCAUGAGUCGGUCUCGUCCUCGGACGCCACGUCGACAUGA